AUGGCUCUCCUAACUUCCUUGCCUCAACACUCCGAUCCCAAGAGCAAAAACAAGCGUAAGCAGCAGCAACAGAAGAAGCAGCAAAAACAGAAACAACCCUCUUCAUGGGACCAAAUCAAAAACAUCAUCACCUGCAAACAGAUCGAAGGGUUCAGAGUGCAUGACCCUUCCAAAUACUCCAAGCUAGGCUCUUCUUGCAGCUCCAUAUGCAGCUUCAGAGAUGUUGUUCAUGGGAACACGCGAGUUGUACACAGGUCUGAUAACUCCUCACCUGAGAGUAGCACACUGGGUCAAGAAACUGGCUUGCUCAGUAGGAAACCGGUCACUGCAACCUCAUCAGCAAGCUCUGUGUCUGGUUCUGCCAAAUCCAACGGUGGAGCAACCUCCACGUCAUCAACUUCCAGAGGAAUGCAAUUUAGAAAACUAUCUGGGUGUUAUGAGUGUCACAUGAUUAUUGAUCCUAGCAGGUUACCAAUUUCAAGGAGCAGUGUGUGUACUUGCUCUCAGUGUGGUGAAGUCUUCCCUAAGAUGGAAAGCUUGGAGCUUCAUCAAGCUGUUCGUCAUGCUGUUUCGGAGCUGGGUCCGGAGGAUUCGGGUCGGAACAUAGUGGAAAUCAUAUUCAAAUCGAGCUGGUUGAAGAAGGACAACCCGAUAUGCAAGAUCGAACGGAUACUAAAAGUGCACAACACCGAACGCACCAUCCAACGGUUUGAGGAGUGCAGGGACACCAUAAAGAACCGUGCGCAGAACAGCAGCAAGAAAAACCCCAGGUGCGCAGCAGACGGCAACGAACUGUUGCGGUUCCACUGCACCACCUUGACGUGCGCACUUGGCGCACGUGGGUCCUCCGCCUUGUGCGCCGCCGUACCUGGCUGCGGAGUGUGCACGAUCAUCAGGCACGGUUUUCAAGGGAAGAUUGGCGGCGAGUGCAAGGUGAAGGGCGUGAGAACCACCGCCAGCAGCGGUAGGGCCCACGACUCGGUGGUGUGCGGUGAGGGCACCAGAAGGGCCAUGCUUGUGUGUCGCGUGAUUGCGGGGAGGGUGAAGCGCGUGGCAGAAGACGCGCUGUCGGAUGAGGAAAAUCUAUCAGUUGCGUCAUUCGAUUCCGUAGCUGGCCACGCUGGAAUCUACUCGAAUCUCGAGGAAUUGGUUGUUUUCAACUCAAGGGCUAUCCUUCCUUGUUUCGUGGUGAUUUAUAAGGUUCUUUCGGUUCUGCCAUGCACACGCAUGACGCAUGACCCAACCAUGAUGAUGGAAGGUGGAGGUGGAACCCAGUUUGAUGUCAACCUUGUGAAUAUCCUUGUCACUGCUUAA